AUGAGGCACUUCACAAUACAAGGCGACACGCAGGCUAACACCCUGACUUUCAUUUACUCUCUGUUAAAAUUGAAGCCCUCGCUGUCAUUUGCGUUUGUGCUGACUGGUGUAGGUUAUGAUGUGGGCUGCUUCACGUUUCAGGACCACACUCGCAAACCCAGACUGCAACAUGUGCUAUCUAGGCCCGGAAACACUGCUAUCCAUAAGUCGCCGCGGCGUAAAAUCAAAUCGGUCGGAAUUGCUAUAACAUUGAUAACGUCCACCUACAAUACCAUACACUAA